AUGACUACCACUGCUAUACGAACAAGCAUUACGAAUGGGUUGGAUGGAUCCACGAUCAAUGGAUCUUCAGAUGAAAGCCUCAAUAUCUUGGUUGUUGGUGCCGGUAUUGCUGGUUUGGCUGCCGCGAUUGGCUUGAGAAAACAAGGACACCAUGUCCAGAUCUUUGAGCAGAGUAGAUUCGCUCGAGAAACAGGAGCUGCUGUUCAUAUCGCACCAAAUGCAAACGGGCUUCUCAAAAGGCUUGGUGUCAACAUGGAGGCCAUUGAAGCUAACAAGAUGGAGCGAUUGACUGAGUACAACUCCAAUGGUGAACUCCAGCGGUCAAUGGACCUGACUGAAUCUAAUAAAUUAUGGCAACACGAUUGGCGAUUGACACAUCGCAUACGCCUUCACGAAACCCUGAAAAAGCUGGCCACCAGCGACGAUGAAGUAGGUCCACCCGCGUCACUAAACCUCAGCAGCGGAGUAGUUGAUUUGAACCCACAUGAGGGAACGAUCACUCUCAAGGACGGAACAGUCGUCAAAGGCGAUUUAGUCCUCGGUGCUGACGGUGUCCAUUCCAUCUCUCGACGACACGUUGCUGGUGGCGAAAUUGUGAAACCACUUGGUUCUGGCAAGAGCGCCUUCCGAUUCUUGAUUGACCGAAAAGCUGUCGAAGAAGACCUGGCCACAGAGAAGUUUGUUCGCCAUUCUGGAAAUCUCGUGAUAUGGUAUGGUACGGAUCGACGGGUUGUCAUGUAUCCCACAUCGGACAACACUCUCCUCAACUUUGUGUGUAUUUACCCAGAAGAAGAAUCCGAGGCUGGAGACGAUUGGAACAAUGACACGAAUAAAGAAGCUCUACUGCAAGUAUUCAAAGAUUUCGACUCGAGCUGUGUUGCUCUGAUCAGCAAAGCCAACGCGGAAUCACUCAAAUCUUGGAAGCUGUUAGACAUGCCAUUACUGGAUACAUGGGUUAACGACAGACUUGUUCUGCUCGGUGAUUCUGCACAUCCUUUCCUACCUCAUCAAGGCCAGGGCGCUGCAGUGGCCAUGGAGGACGCCACUGCAUUGAGCGUAGUGCUGGAGAAAGGUUUGAAACGCAGCGACGUGCCGGCUCGACUUCAACUUUACGAAACGAUCAGGUAUGAGAGAGCAAACAGGAUGCAAGAAUACUCGCGGAAAUUGGGCAAAGAUGUUCAAAAAGACGCAAAAUUGGACAUGAUCGAAUACACUAACUACAACUUCGGUCACGACGAGUUCGACAAUUCUACUCAAAGGCUCCGAGAGUGGAAAUGGGCACAGAAUCCCAAGAUCUACUGGCGCAUGCCCAUUGCAUUUGGACCAAUGCCGGGUCCGCGGCAGUCGCACUACGGUGUGGCUCGAAACUCGGUUGAGUCAACGUUUAGAACUGCCUCGAUAAAAUUCAAGACCUCACGAACCGUUCUACAAAAUUUAUUCCCGCCUGGGGCCAAAGGCUACCGAUUCAAAUCUCCUGGCACAGUGGCAUAUUGCUCCUUUAGUUGCACCACCCUGGACAAGAUGGAGUGGCUCGGUGGAACCGGAUACAGUCAUAUUGGGCUCUACAUCCAUGGUGUUGAGUAUGAAAAGCCAGAUGGCCAGAUCAUCAGCGGAACUUAUAUGCCUAUUCUUUUCGAAUCUCUCACGGAUCCAAUUGUGUCUGGUCGAGAGGAACUCGGAAUGCCCAAGCUUUAUACCGCUAUCGAUAUCUUUCACGGUACAGGCUCUUACCGCAUCAAGACCAGCUGGCAAGGAUCUCUGUGGGGAAAUUUCACACUCGAUGGUCUAGAGCCGGAUACCGAUCUGGCAGCUGCCACCGGAAAAGUCAGUGGCGAGGAUGACGAUGGCAUACUGGUGCACAGAUACUAUCCCAAAGUAGGAAGAGAUCUCAAGGGCCAGAGUGAGACCGAGUACCCCGUCUUCGUUCCCUUCGCGGAGGAGAAGCCACAGCCGGUCACGAAAAGGGUUUGGAAGGCCUCACGAGCAAAUAUCAAGAUUGACCCGCUUGAUUGGAAUGCACUUCCGACAUUACACCAUAUUGUCACACGACUGGGGGAGAUUCCAAUUUAUGAGAUUGUAAAGGCUAAGGUCGUUGAGGGUGAAGGUGUCCCUGAUGUUGCUCCAGCGAGGAGGAUAUAUUGA